GUGGUUUGUUUGGUUAAACGGUGGAGCUGGAACAUGUUUAUGUUACUGCUUCAGAGUUGCUUCUAGACUCCAGUGUCCAGACAUUUCCAGGUCGGUCUCUAAUUUUCAAUUUUUUGAGUACCCUUUGAUCUUUUCUUUGUUUUCUCUUGAUAUAUAAUCCUUGAUUCUUACAUGUAUUGCUAAGCAACCAUGGGAUUGUACAAAAGAUCCAAGCUUUUUCUUGAUUUGUUUAAAAAUUACACCUCAAAAAUCACUCCCAGCAGCACCAUUAAACAAUCAAUUCCUAAAAUAAACCAAUAUGAAUCAUCUUUUUCAAGCGUGAACAACAGUAGAUUGUAUGGGUUUUCUCCAAUUUCAAGAAAUUGGGGGUCUAAUUAUGGGUAUAAAAAGAAAGAAUUGGGCGUUUUAGUUGGGAAAAGAUUUUACUAUGUUGAUCGACAUCAAGUUCGUCACUUUAGGCCAAGAGGGCCUAGGCAAUGGUUUGAGAAUCCAAGAAACAUUUUUAUUGUUAUGGUUUUCGGUGGUGGUGUUGUGUUUACUCUGUAUUUUGGGAAUUUGGAGACGAUACCGUAUACCAAGAGGACACAUUUUGUGCUUUUACCACCGGGCAUGGAGAAGAGGAUGGGUGAUUCGCAGUUUGAGGAGAUAAAGAAACAAUUUAAGGGGAAGAUAUUGCCUGCGAUUCAUCCGGAUAGUAUUCGAGUUAGGUUGAUUGCCAAAGAGAUUAUCGAGGCAUUACAAAGGGGGUUAAGGAAGGAACAGGUGUGGACUGAUGUGGAUUAUAGUACGGACCAUGUUGGGGUGAGUGAGAGUGGUGGGGAUCAGACUUUGAUGGUGUUAACUGAUAGUGCUGAAGCAAAUUGGAGUAAAGAAGAUGAGGUUCUUGAUGAUAAAUGGGUCCAGCAAAGUAGGAAGAAAGGGGAGGAGAAAGGUGUGAAGUCCUCGAUUUCUCAUUUGGAAGGUCUGAACUGGGAAAUAUUGGUUGUGGAUGAACCUGUUGUUAAUGCGUUUUGCCUACCAGGUGGGAAAAUUGUUGUUUUUACGGGAUUGCUAAGACAUUUUCAGACGAAUGAAGAGAUUGCAACUAUUAUUGGACAUGAGGUUGGUCAUGUUGUUGCGCGACAUGGAGCUGAGGGGAUAACAAAGAACUUUUGGUACUUCAUUAUACAGCUGAUUCUUUAUCAGUUUGUUAUGCCUGAUAUAGUCAACUCCAUGUCACAUCUUUUGUUAAGACUGCCCUUUUCAAGGAGGAUGGAGAUGGAAGCGGAUUACAUAGGGCUAUUACUACUUGCUUCUGCUAGAUAUGAUCCUCGAGUUGCACCUAUGGUUUAUGAGAAGUUAGGCAAAGUUACCGGUUCAUCGGCCAUGUUAGACUAUCUUUCUACACAUCCCUCUGGGAAAAAGAGAGCCAAGUUGCUUGCUCAGGCUAAGGUUAUGGAAGAAGCAGUCUCUAUUUAUCGAGAAACCAGAAUGGGACACGGAAGUAUUGAAGGUUUUCUUUAGGAGUCCUAUCAAAUGCAUCAUGGACGCUUGUAUCUAAUGUCACUGAGUCAGUAGCACAGACUACAGAUGUAAGCAAUUUAUUUCUGCGUUGUGUGAUCUGAGUUGCACUGAUGGUUUAUUAAAUCGUAAGAACUUAAUCAAAGGAUUUGCUGGUAAACUUAUUGCAA